AUGGAAGCUCAAUUUCUUCCCCAUUGAAGCUUCAAUUCUACACAAAUUCCAACAAAAAUGUUCAUGCUCCAGUCAGAUCUCCGAUCCGCUAUUCAAAUCGCUGCAACCUACUGCUAUUUCAACCCUAACCGCUACGAUUCACCAUCCCCCAGACCGGUUUCCGUCCGUACGCCCUCACGGCUGAAGCCGCUUCACGCGGCGGCCGUCGAGCGCGUCGCCGAGAAGCCUCCGAUCUGUACCGCCGAUGAACUCCAUUAUGUUUCGAUUCAUAAUUCCGAUUGGCGUCUUGCUCUAUGGCGGUAUAAGCCUCCUCCGCAGGCACCUUCAAGGAAUCAUCCAUUACUGCUUUUGAGUGGAAUUGGUACAAAUGCAAUUGGAUAUGAUCUUGCUCCCGGGUCUUCAUUUGCACGCCACAUGUCAAGCCAAGGAUUUGACACAUGGAUACUUGAAUUUCGAGGAGCAGGAUUAAGUUCAGAGGUGGCCUCCAAGGAAGUCAAACAGCCAGUCAGCCUUCCUCCUGAACGGUUGGAUGCAACUUCCAAAAACCCCCCAAACGUCAUUUCUGAUUCCUCUGCACAAAGUAAAGUUUCUUCUGCUGGAGAAAAGAAAGAGACGGUUGAAUCUGAUUCUGAUCAAUCACAGUUAUUGACGACAUUUACAGAAACUUUUAAACGUUUUUCCGAGAGAUUAACAAACCUAAUUAAGGAAGGUUCUCCAGAAGCCUUACAGAAUUCAACUCUGGCUACACAAAUAAGAGAUUUAAGUCAAAGGCUUGUAGAUAUUAUGGAAGAAGGUCAAAGAUCAGUGUCUCCACCGAUCACCGAUCUGCUAGAUCGCUUUUCUUCCACAGUUGAAAACCUUCAAAGUCAAAUUGACCUUCUUGGGAAAUAUAACUGGGACUUCGACCACUACCUGGAAGAGGACGUGCCUGCUGCGAUGGAAUACAUACUAAGACAAUGCAAUCCGAAAGAUGACAAGUUGCUUGCAAUUGGCCAUUCCAUGGGUGGUAUCUUACUCUACUCCAUGCUCUCUCGGAAUGCUUAUGAGCAAAGAGACUCAAGAUUGGCUGCAAUCGUUACUUUGGGGGCUUCACUUGAUUACACUACUUCAAAUUCAACACUUAAAUUACUCACACCUCUGGCAGAUCCGGCUCAAGCGUUAAAUGUUCCAGCUGUUCCACUAGGUGCAUUACUUGCAGCAGCUUAUCCUCUUGCUUCUCGUCCUCCAUAUGUUAUGUCCUGGUUAAAUCGUCUCAUCACUGCACAGGAUAUGAUGCAUCCUGACCUCAUGGAGAAGUUUGUCAUGACCAACUUUUGUACGGUGCCUGCCAAGCUACUUUUACAGCUAACAACAGCCUUUCAAGUAGGCGGAUUACGUGACAGAAGUGGAACUUUUUUCUACAAAAACCAUAUCAACAAAAUUGAUGUUCCUGUUUUAGCCAUUGCUGGUGACCUUGAUCUCAUUUGUCCACCUGAAGCUGUAUAUGAAACGAUCAAAUUAGUUCCUAAGCAUCUAGCCAAGUACAAAGUUUUUGGUGAGCCAGGUGGACCACACUAUGCUCACUAUGAUCUUGUUGGAGGUCGUUUGGCACCAGAACAGUUAUAUCCAUGUGUAACCGAGUUUCUGACAGCUCACGACUCGACCUAAUUUAUUCAUACUCCAUAUCAUAUACAAACAUACUUUGCAUAGAUCUACAUUAUUUGGAGGAGCAACCUCAGUAAACUCAUGGGCAAUGAAUGACAUCCCCCACCCUUUGACCGCCAUGAAAAUGAUGCCCGGGAAUCAACUAACAGUUGAUGCACAUUGAAAUGUAUAUCGAUGUAUCAUCUUCUAACGUAUCUAUACAAUUUGAGGCGGGUCUAAGACGGGUCUGGUGCGUCUGCAUACAUGCCCAACUUUCUGUAGAGUAAAAUUGACGAAUACAAAUAUUAUUUUUAUUGGUAUUGGAAUGGAAUUAUGUAUUUAUUAGUCAUGCAUGCCAUGAUUUUGAACCAUGGAUCUGUCACUGUAUUCAUUGAACAACUUUUGUGAUAUAUAUGGAAACGGCAAAGUCAUUU